AACAAGGCAGCAUCCGACCCUCCCCCGUUUUCUUCCGUCCCUCUCUCUCUCUCUCUCUCUCUCCUUCGCCCCCUUUCGUGACCUCGUGCAAAUUAAAUUCUCAUCCAGCGUGAAACAAUGCACCGCGUAGCACCGCCUAGCUUCGCUUUGGCUUCCGACAACGUUCCGAUCCGGUUUAGGGGUGGUUCGGCGGUCGGUCAGCGUUGGAAUUGUACGUACGUACGUACCUAUCUGCUGCAAGUUUCUGCCGUGGAAUAGACAGGUAUAUACCGAACGUACGUGUGCAUAUCAUAUAGGUGUGUACAUUGGAGUCCGAAUUGACCGCAUUAAUUAACCGUUGCCUCGCAGAAGAGGAACUCGGUAGAUAAUUAAAUUAUACAGGAGAACAUGCAACGUACCGCACAGCGUCGAUACGUGUGAGCUCAAUAAGCUUCAAUUUGGCGAAAUAGAAUAUGGCGUCGUUUCACCUCGAUUACGUAGUUGUUGAUUUUCAUUCGGCGUUAUCGAUUGCAGCGCUGAUUGAUAUUAUUCGCGUACGAUUAGCGUAUCCGGGUGAAGACCGGAGGCGAUGCAGUUUUCUUCUCAAUUUGAAUCAGAUCGAUCGACCGACGCGUCGACGGACUCGCCGCGGUGCAACUCGCGGAUACAGCGGCGGCAUGUAGCGGACGACUGUUGUACGGGAAAUAGGGUGCAAAGUUUAAUUCGAAUUCGCGCGCUUAAUCCCCAGGGAUUUACCUAAUCACAGCUCCAAUCAAGAGAUAAUCAAGAAGCUUGGUGUAAGCUUACGAGACAUUUCGGGGCGCGACAACGCGCUCGCUAACUUAAUCACAUUCAAUCAAUUCGCGCGACGCGGCAGCCCCGCGUUCCCGUAUACGUUUCCACUUCUUUUUUACCUUCGAUUUCGUCAUAAUUUCGUUGUUUUCCUUCUCUUCGUACAACGCCACGAAUACGCUAAGAAUCCCUUUUUCCCUGAUCAAUUGUAAAUUUUUUUUUUCUCUUCCUCGUUUCGAUAGAAAUCAAUUUUUAAAUUAUACCCGGUUGUUUUUCGUUCGGGCCGUUUCUGUUACGCGUGAACGAAAUGAUACAAUUUUUGCAUUUCGAAAUGCGGCGAAGAAAGAUCGGUUUGAGGUCGAAAAAAUUCAUGAUCUGACUCAAAGAUUUUCGAGAAAAUCAAGGCUCGAGAGUUGAAAGUAAUUAUUUUUAGUUUUGGCGAAUACAGAGCGCCCUUGUAACGGCUUAAUUAUGUUCGAUAAUAAAUCCGAAGCGUGUAUAACACAUCGCGUUAUCCACCUACGCGUGACGGUUUCGCACCCCUGCGAUACGGACGAAUCUCUGCAGAAUCGAGUCUCUCCCGAGGGUGCGGGAUGAAUUCCCUGCGGAGACGCAGGUUACGUUGAAACGCGCCACCUCUUGGGACCUCUUGUGCAUCGGGGGCGAAGUACAGAUACCAUACUCGAAGAAUAAAUUACCUCAACGAAUCGAUGCGCUUAUGGGUCAUUAUACAUAUACGUGGAAUACGUGUUUAGAAAUAUUGUGUACGAUAAAUGCAGCCAGGAUAUGCCGAACGAAAAAAGCAAGGGGUUAAAAAAAAAUUGACCAAACUGUUCAUACGUACCCCGGAUCGAGCCGAUAUUCGACGAAGGUACCUUUAUUUAUAUACCUUGAUAUAAAGCAACUUAUUUCCAGCGCGAUAUCCGCGCCGAACGCAAAUGUUAUUCACAUUUCCCUAAUUAUUCCACUGCAGCAUCGAUUCAGUUUGGAUUAAAUGAACGAAUGAGCCCCUUUCAUAUUCAAUAAUUGCACAUAGUCGCAAACACAUCUAUACCUCUAUAUUUUAACUGUCUAUAUAGCUAUACAUAUAACUGCACCGGGCGUACGGGAGUGAUCGAUAAAAUACAAUAAAUAUAAUUACUACUAAACCGGCGGCGGGAGAGGGGGGGGGAAAUGGAAAACGGAAGGGUAAGGGGAAGGGUGGUUCACCUGGUUGCAGUGUUAAUAUCUGCGUCUGUAGGUACGCGAUAUAAAAUGAAGUCUCAUCCGGAACAUGUCGAUUAAUCAUUCCGCGGUCCAUUGUUCUUCGCUCUUUCAUAUUUGUGCAGUACAGUUUUAUUCCGCAAUGGAGUUUAAAACUAACUUUUUCCCCAUUCCAUUAUUCGUUGAUUCAAUCUCAAUUUUUCGUUUUUUCUUUCUUUUUUUUCGUUUGGUUUGGUUCGGUUUUUCCUUUGAUUUUUCAGGAUGGACGGCCCGGCGGUAUUGUCUCUGCCUCCGAUGCCCAACCAAAAACCAGUCACCUCGCCACAGCCUCAGUCGCAUUCAAAGCCGAACCAGGAGUUGCAGGUGGGAACGGUGUCGCUGUACGGGAUCCACAUCGUGUCUCUGGUUAUCGAGGGCCAGGAGCGUCUCUGCCUCGCGCAAAUCAGCAACACCCUGCUCAAGCAGUUCAGCUACAACGAGAUCCACAACCGGCGGGUCGCCCUGGGCAUAACUUGCGUACAGUGCACUCCGGUGCAACUCGAAAUUCUACGAAGAGCCGGCGCGAUGCCCGUCUCUUCGAGAAGGUGCGGGAUGAUCACCAGAAGAGAGGCGGAGAGACUUUGCAAAUCUUUUCUCGGCGACAACGCACCGCCGAGACUUCCGGAGGACUUCGCCUUCUCCGUUCACCACGAGUGCGCCUGGGGUUGUCGCGGCGCCUUUCUACCGGCCAGGUACAACAGUUCGAGGGCUAAGUGCAUAAAAUGCGCUUACUGCGGUUUGUUCUUUUCGCCCAACAAGUUCAUAUUUCACUCGCACCGUAUCGGCCCAGCCGACAAGUACGUCCAACCGGACGCCGCGAACUUCAACUCCUGGCGAAGGCACAUGAAACUGUCGGGCAGCCCGCCCGACGACGUGGUUCACGCGUGGGAAGACGUCAAGGCGAUGUUCAACGGAGGUACCAGAAAAAGACUGCUCUCAAAUCCCUCGGGAACCCGGUGCACUCCCACCGCCGCCAAACAGACGAGAUCCUCGCCUACCGCUCAACUGCCGUCACCGAUACCCGCGCCGAAUCAUCCGCGGGUUCCACCGUUUCCGGAACUACCGCUACCGCUAUCCAGAAGUCUCGUCAUGGACUACGUUUGGCAUCAACAUCAGCAGGCCGCCGCUGCGGCGGCGGUCAAAACUCCGGGAUUCGCUUUUCCCCCGUACACUUUACCCUGGCUCGCGAAACGAGGUCCAGUUCUUUUCCCAGGACCCCUACCUCCCCCGAUACCCGGUGCCGCGAUUCCCGAGCCGAUGGUACCACCUUCGCCGUCGGCCUUGCACCAAUCGGCGUUCCGACCCGUGAUCCGCGCCGGACCCCAAGUCGCGGAAUCCGGUCAACCAGCUCAGGAAUCUUCGCCGGAACUCGCCGUCGACAAGGAGGAAGACUCCGACGACGAGGUGGACAUAGAAACAACGGAGGACGACGGAAACCCGACCAACGCGAACAACCUGCAAAGCGUAAACGCCGGAUCGAAUUCCGCGCUCAGCACUCACAGCGGGCACAGUACGUCCCCGCAGUGUUGGAGCCCCCCGAGGGAAACGGAGCGAGAGGCCGAAAAAAUCGCCGAAGAAGCGGCGGCUUCGAGAGACGUCAAACCUGAGGUGGCUGCAGCGUCUUCAACGGGAAGCCCAGAGAGUUGGCAUGGCGGAGCACUCUACAGACAUCUUCAUUUACUGAGAGGAAGCGACGUGUCCGACUGUUCGGCCUGCAGACCUCGAGGCGUCUUUUACGGGCAGGUUCACAGUCCUACAGCUCCUACAAAUUAAUCAGCGAGUUAUAAAUUUUGUAUAAUUUGUUGUCGCUAA